AAAAAAAAAAAAAAAAAAAAGAACCCCAAACCACAACCUCGGACGACUUGCGAGCUUUUGCAACAACCUCCAAAUAGCCAAUUCGCUUCCCCCUCUACUUCCCCUCAGAUUUACCUUUUUUAUCUCUUCUUCAAUUACCCGCAUUUCUGGUUUAAUUUAUUUCAGCAGCGUCCUUUUCAGCCGACAAAAUGCCCAAGUCCAAGCGAUCGAAGGUCGUCCACCUCACCCAGGUCGCCAAAAAGACCCGUGAGCAAAAGGACCAGCUGUUCCAAAACAUUCGGGAGCAGGUCCCCGAGUACCAGCACUGCAUCGUCUUCAAUGUGGAUAACAUGCGCAACAACUACCUCAAGGAUGUGCGCCGCGAGCUCUCCGACAGCCGACUCUUCUUCGGCAAGACAAAACUCAUGGCCAAGGCCCUCGGCCAAACCGCCGAGGAAGCCAUCGUCCCCGGCAUCGAGGGCCUCGCACCGCACAUCGCUGGCACCGUCGGCCUCCUCCUGACCAACCGUCCCGUGGACACCGUCCUCGACUACCUCAACAGCAUCUCCCCCGUGGACUUUGCCCGCGCCGGCGUCACCGCCUCCCGCACCUUCACCAUCCCUCCCGGCGUCGUGUACGCCACGGCCGGCGAGGUCCCCAAGGAGAACGAUAUCCCGCUGCAGCACACCAUUGAGCCCGAGCUGCGGAGACUGGGCGUCCCUACGAGAAUGGUCAAGGGCAAGGUCGUUCUGGGUGAUGAGAAUGGUGAGGGUGAGGGUUAUACGAUCUGCAAGGAGGGUGAGGUGCUCGAUUCACGGCAGACUAGGCUGUUGAAGCUCUUUGAUGUCUGCCUGAGCGAGUUCAGAGUCAAGGUUUUGGCAUACUGGAGCUCUGCGACCAACGAGGUAACAGAGAUUGACCAGGCCGCCAUGGAUGGCGUCGAGGAGGAGAAGUAAGGCAUCUGGCCAGUAUUUGGUGGCUGUAGUUUUUGGUAGAAAUGUUCUGUGCGCAUACAACAUAUACCAGCAACGGGUUGUUUUGGGUAUUUCGGCGUUCCAAGGUUCUUCACAGGGUUUCAAAAAGAUGGAGGACAUACUUACAUGAUAUAUACAUGCUUAUGCUCCUGAAAUGAUGAUCAAGCAAAAAAUAAUUCUGCGUCUCAAGAGUCUUUCGCUAGUGCUGUUUCAAGAGUUUUUUUUU